AAAGGGAGGCGGAGGGGAGGCAGCCGGAGCGGCGGAGCGGGAGCUGCCUGCGCCGGCCUGCCCCUGCCCUGCCCGGUGCGGCAGCUCCGAGAGCCUGCGGGCAGAGUCCACGGUGGGCGCUGUCGGGACAGUUAUCCAUACAGAGAAUUGAAAAUCCUGAAGAAUGGCUCUACCUACCUCCAAGUGGCUGGCUGGAAAUUUGGGGUUUUUCCUGUUCGUAGUCUCUUCAGUAAGCACAGCAGAAGCAGCUGUCACAUGUCCUGACAGAGAGCCUGAGUUAGAAGUGUGGAACCCAGGUCACGACGAAGAAAACUGCGUUGAAAUCCGCAAUGGCAGGAAGGUGCUGCUCUCUUCUUCUGCGACUGUGCACUCCAUCCACAUCACUGAUGGAGGAAAACUGGUGAUCAAAGAUGAUGUGCAGCCCAUCAUUCUGCGUACAAGACACAUACUCAUUGAAAAUGAUGGAGAGCUGCACAUUGGCAGUGAGCUGUGCCCUUACCAAGGCAAUGUGGUUAUCAUCUUAUAUGGGCGAGCGGAUGACGGCAGCCAGCCAAAUCCUUACUUUGGGCAGAAGUACCUUGGAGUCAGCAAAGGCGGCACUCUUGAGAUCCACGGAAAGAAAAAGCUCUCCUGGACUUUCCUAAACAAGACUCUCCAUCCUGGUGGCAUGGAAGAAGGUGGAUAUUACUUCGAGAGGAGCUGGGGCCACCGGGGUGUCAUUGUCCACGUCAUUGACCCAAAGACAGGGGCAGUUGUCCAUUCAGAUCGGUUUGAUACCUACAGAGCAAAAGAGGAAAGCGUCCGCCUGGCUCAGUAUUUGGGGAGAGUUGCAAAUGGCAUGAUCCUGUCAGUCGCAGUGAAUGAUGAAGGAUCCAGAAACUUGGAUGACUUGGCCAGGAAAGCAAUGACCAAACUGGGCAGCAAGCAUUUCCUCCACCUUGGGUUUAGGCACCCAUGGAGUUUUAUUACCAUUAAAGGAAAUCCCUCCUCUUCUGUUGAAGACCACAUUGAAUAUCAAGGUCACAAAGGCUCAGCUGUGGCCAAAGUAUUCAAACUAUUCAAAGCUGAGAAUGGAGAACAUUUUAACGUCUCUUCAACGAGCGAGUGGGUUCAAGAUGUAGAAUGGACAGAGUGGUUUGAGAAGCCUGACAAAGCAAGAUCUAAGGACAUGGAGAAGCUGUCUGACUUCAAAGCUGCUCAUCCUGACAAAAUCUGCAGGCAGCCCAUUGACAUCCAGGCGAUGACUCUUGACGGAGCGGAUUUAACCACGGAGGUUUUCUACAAGAGCGGCCACGAUUACCAAUUCCUGUGCCACGGCAAGGACCAGACAGGAGAGGGCUGCCACAACUACAAAGUCAGGUUCCUGUGUGGCAAAUCUGUGAAACCGAAGCUGACGGUGACUGUUGACACCAACGUGAACAGCACAAUCCUGAACCUGGCGGAUGAUGUGAGCUCCUGGAGACCUGGGGACAGGCUGGUGGUGGCCAGCACUGACUACUCCAUGUACCAGGCAGAGGAGUUCCAGGUGCUGCCCUGCAGAACCUGCAAGCCCACCCAGGUCAAGGUAGCAGGGAAGGCCACGUUCCUGCACAUGGGCGAGGUGGUGGACGGCGUGGACAUGCGGGCGGAGGUGGGGCUGCUGAGCCGCAACGUGCUGGUGAUGGGAGAGAUGGAGCAGCAGUGCUACGAGUACAGCAGCAAGCUCUGCUCCUUCUUUGAUUUCGACACCUUCGGGGGACACAUCAAGAUUGGUCUUGAUUUUAAGGCUACCCACAUUGAAGGUCUGGAACUGAAAUACAUGGGCCAGCAGACAAUGGGGCAUUACCCAAUUCAUUUCCAUAUGGCUGGAGAUGUGGAUGAGAAAGGAGGCUACAGCCCUCCAACCUAUGUGAAGGACACCUCCAUCCACAACACCUUCUCCCGCUGUGUCACAAUCCACGGAUCCAAUGGUUUACUGGUGAAGGAUGUGGUGGGUUAUGAUGCCCUGGGCCAUUGUUUUUUUACGGAGGAUGGACCAGAGGAGCGCAACACGUUUGAGCACUGCCUGGGGCUGCUGGUGAAGCCCAGCACUCUGCUCCCCUCCGACCGCGACAGCAGGAUGUGCAAGCUGAUCACAGAGGGAGCUUACCCAGGCUACAUCCCUAAGCCCAGGCAGGACUGCAGUGCUGUAUCAACCUUCUGGAUAGCCAACCCACACAACAACCUUAUAAACUGCGCAGCUGCUGGAUCUGAAGAAACAGGUUUUUGGUUUGUGCUGCACCACGUGCCCACAGGCCCCUCGGCAGGCAUGUACUCCCCCGGCUACUCGGAGCACAUGCCCAUGGGGAAAUUCUCCAACAACCGCGCGCACUCCAACUACCGGGCUGGAAUGAUCAUCGAUAAUGGCGUUAAAACUACCCCAGCCUCUGCCAAGGACAAAAGACCUAUCCUGACGCUGAUUUCUGGGAGGUACAGCCCACACAAGGAUGCUGAUCCUCUGAAGCCCAGGGAACCUGCAAUAAUUGAGGGCUUUAUUGCCUACAAGAAUCAGGAUCACGGGGCCUGGCUGAGAGGUGGAGAUGUGUGGCUGGACAACUGCCAGUUUGCUGACAAUGGCAUUGGGCUGACCUUGGCGAGUGGUGGCACCUUCCCUCACGAUGAUGGCUCCAAGCAGGAGAUCAAGAACAGCCUGUUUGUGGGUGAGAGUGGAAACCUGGGCACUGAGACCAUGGACAAUGAGAUCUGGGGGCCUGGGGGCCUGGAUCACCGGGGAAGGACCCUGCCCAUCGGCCCGGAUUUCCCCAUCCGAGGGAUCCAGUUCUACGACGGGCCCAUCAACAUCCAGAACUGCACGUUCCGCAAGUUCGCGGCGCUGGACGGGCGGCACACGAGCGCCCUCGCCUUCCGCCUCAACAACGCCUGGCAGAGCUGCCCCAACAACAACGUCACCGCCAUCCGCUUCGAGGAUGUCCCUAUUACUUCAAGAGUCUUCUUUGGAGAACCUGGCCCGUGGUUCAAUGAUCUGGAUAUGGAUGGUGACAAAACAUCAGUUUUUCAUGAUGUAGAUGGUUCUGUGUCAGAAUACCCAGGCUCAUACCUGAUCAAAGAGGAUAACUGGUUAAUCAAGCACCCUGACUGCAUUGACGUGCCCGACUGGAGAGGCUCCAUCUGCAGCGGGCACUUUGCACAGAUAUACAUCCAAGCCUACAAGCCAGCCAACCUGAAAAUGAAAAUAAUAAAAAAUGACUACCACAAUCACCCACUCUACUUGGAAGGGGCUUUGAGCAAAAGCACUCAUUACCAGCAGUAUCAGCCAGUUGUAACUCUGAGGAAAGGCUACACCAUCCACUGGGACAAGACAGCCCCUGAAGAGCUGGCCAUAUGGCUCAUCAACUUCAACAAGAAUGACUGGAUCCAAGUAGGGUUUUGCUAUCCUAAAGGGACAACGUUUUCCAUUCUCUCAGACAUCCACAACCGUCUCUUGAAGAAAACAUACAAAACUGGAACCUUCUACAGAACCUCCCAAAUGGAGAAACUGGAGCACAGAUACCCUACCAAAGGGUACUACUACUGGGAUGAGGACACUGGGUUGCUGUUUCUGAAACUCAAAGCUCAAAAUGAGAAGGAGAAGUUUGCUUUCUGCUCUGUAAAGGGCUGUGAGAGAAUAAGAAUCAAAGCUGUGAUCCCAAAGACAGCUGGUGUCGGCGACUGUGAAGCCACAGCCUACCCCAAGUACAUUGAGACGCCAAUAGUGGAAGUGCCAAUGCCAAAGAAGCUCUCCAGUGCACAACUGAAGACCAAGGACCACCUAAUUGAAGUGAAAAUAGAAACUUACAAGAAACAGUACUUCCACCUGAAGGAUGACUUUGCAUACAUUGAGGUUGAUGGUGUCAGGUUUUUCCUCACUGAAGAGGGAAUCCAGCUGGUUGUGAUUGAUGGACACCAUGGAAAAGUUGUUGAUCGAGUGACAUUCAAAAACUCCAUUCUACAAGGAAUCCCAGCACAGAUAGAGAAUUAUGUCAACAACAUCAAAGAUCACUCCAUAGUGCUGGUGACAUCUAAAGGAAGAUUCAUUUCAAGAGGACCAUGGACUAAAGUACUGGAGAAACUUGGAGCAGGAGAGGGUUUUAGGUUAAAAGAAAAAAUGGCUUUUGUGGGCUUCAAAGGUGGCUUCCGCCCCGUCUGGGUGAAGCUGGUCACCAGCGAGGACUCAGCUAAAAUCUACCAAGCACUGCCAAUUCCUGUGGUGAAGAAAAUGAAGUUGUGAGGACACCCUGCUGUGCCUGCUGGCCGCCAGCACCGCCCCGUGGGACGGACGGACGGACGGACAGACGGAUGGACGGACUACUGACCACUCUGCGCAGGCCUUGCCCGUAGCAUUUUGUUGUUGUUGUUGCUGUUGAAAAAGAAAUCUCACUGUAAGUAGUAGAGUGGCCACCCGUGACAGGAGAGCCACAUGUGAACGGCGUGUGCUCGGGGCUGGCCAGCCCGGGCUGGCUCAGGGGGCACUGAGCGAGGCCUGGGCUGUUCCUGCAGGCGCUGCUCCUGGCACGGACUGAUCUUGGUGCUGCCUCUUGAAGGGGAGCUCUUGGUCUGAAGACCACCAAGGAUUGUUGCUUCCACCAUCCUCUAAGUUGACUUUUCCGUAGUGCAACUAGCUGCUCACGUAGACAUGGGAUGCCAGUUCAAAGACUGGCUGACAAUCGGGUUUGAGUGAUUUCCUGGAUGCUGGGGAAGCAUAAGCACUUCCCCUAAAGCUUCUGGGAGGUUUGACCAAGCUCUUUUGGGGUGUGUGUUGUACAUGCAGCCUACGGCACAUAGCUGGGGAAGAAAUGACAGAAGGAGUGGACAAAACAUGCCAGCAGAGACUGAUGGAACCACCUAUUCCUGCUUCCUCAGAAAACUGCAUUUUUCCUAUGGAUCAAGGAGUUUUAAUAGUGGCUGUGCAAAUAUGAAAUUUUCCUUCAACAAACAGCUACAGGCUAGAAGGAGAGCAAUGUCAAUUAGCACAUGUAUUUUCUCAGCCUUUCCCAUUCAGCCUUUCCCUCUGUACAACAACGUGCAGGAUCAGUUUAUGGUUGCCAACUAAUGCCAUCCCAAUUCAAGGCUUCCAAUUUUUGACUAGGAAUACUGGGACUUACCUUAUUCAGCAUCAAAUAGGGUGAGCUGUCCUUGCCUUUCCCAGGACAUCAGAGGGAUCAGACUGCUCUGCUGUGUGCUGCUUUCUGAUCCUGUCUUCAGGCUUAAGAUAUUAUGUCUUGGUCCUUCUGUGAGAGUUACAUGAGACCUGGAUGAGGUCUUGCCAGGUGGCUGAAGAAUUAAAGUGGGAAUCCCAAUGCAGUAGUUGGAUGUCUUGUACCUCCUUUCCCCCUGCUUCAAACAAAGACCUGGGUAAUGAUGGCAGAUCAGAGUGGAUCAGGACUUUAGAGGGGCAUCUCUUGAAGCUGGGAUGUUAUCUUGUAAAACUCUGAAAGCAUUUCUGGUGUUCAGGGAUAUUUCUGUCAGUUACCCCAAAAUACCACACAGGCGUUUCUGGAGGCUGUGGCUGUUCUAAGAAGUCUGAGGGCAGGGGGGAAGUGUGAAAGGCAUCAUGACGAGCUUUUAAAGAAUGUCAAUCUUGCCAGCAAGACUUGGGUUUAUUUCCCCACUUUAUCUCUGCCGGUCCCCACUGCCACAUAAAUGAUUCCAAUUGCUGAGGGCUACUUUGUUUAUGUAAUUACGUUGGUUUUUUUCCCCACAGUAUCAAAAAUGCUACUUUGAAAUUAGACUAAAAAGCAAGAAUUUUGUUUGUCAUUCCAAAGGCUGUGCAGAUACUGGUUUAGAUCAGUUGCUCUGAUUGUCAAAGCAAGCAUGAACAAAAUUUAAAUAUACUGUAGGUUAUAUUCCACUCAAGCCUCUCCUGGGUUUUGAAACUGGAAAUGUUCUUUUCAGUCUUACUACAAAAUUGUUUUGAAUUCACUGAAUGUCAUGUGUAUUGUAUUUAACAAAAAAAAAAAAAAAAAAAAAGCCAAGUGUUCCCUCCCAGCUUCCCAACAAGAGUCUGGUCAUGAAUGCUCCUUAGGCAUUUGUGCUGUUUGCAGAGUGAAUGGGCAACAUUUGUAGAAGGCAAAUGAAGUGGUUUGUUUAUUCCUGGAAAUUCUUAUGAUAGUUUGGGGAUUUUGCCAAUUAUUCCAUGAAAGAGUCAGUCUCACUGGUGUUUCAACCACGAUCAUCCAAAACAUUUAUCUGAUGUCCUGCGAUGGCCACAACAGUGCCAGAUCCAUGAAAUCAAGGGAAGAGACUAACAGGAAUUCCCCUGGGUCUGUCAGUUUGGGUUGUCUGCGCUUUUCCUUGCCUUGAGCCAGUGCUGUUGCUUGCAGCAGUUUUGGUGGAACACAUUUGCUUCCAGGAGAUGGACCAAAGCAGGAGUAUUUCCUUCAUGAGCACUUAGCAGAGGGUGGGCAGGAAAGCCAGGCGUGGGAUGUGCCUGGAGUGGGAUUUGCUUUGUGCAAGCCUCAGUGCUGGGGCUGCCCUCUGCAGUGCUCCACUGGCCAUGGCCGUUUCCCCUCUCCUGCUCUCUCUAAGAGUGUAAACACCCAGGAGCAUCCCACCAGGUGGGUCUGUCCCCUAAACUGCUUCUUUCAGCUUCCAGGGGCAUGUUGCCUUUGUGCUGAAGUGUAGCUUCUGAUUUUGCUGUUUUGGGAGUUCUCAGGGUGAAAGCAUAAGACUUGGCUCUAGGAAAAACCCUUUUAUUUUCCUUUCCUGAAAGAUCUCACCUUAUUUAGAGAGAAAACUUAAGCAGCUUGUUCUGUGAUGCUGAGCCUGGCACGUGGGGCCUGUUUUGGAGCUGGGGAGGGUCCUCUGCUGUGAAUACCUGCAGGGAAUCAUGCAGCCAGCAGAGCAUGGUGGCUGUGUGCAGGGAAAUGCCCAGGGCUCCUGCUGACCUGCACGGGCUGCAGCCAUCCUUGUGUCCUCUGGAGCCUGGUGCCAUCCCCAGCCAGCAAGAGCUCUGUGCCAAGUGACUCCUGCUCAGUCUCUGACUGUUCUAGAAGCUGCAGUGAACACUCUGACCAGUGAAUUCCCCAAUUCUCGUCCUCUGCACAGCCCCUGCAGGAGCUGCAGUGACCCUCUCUGUAAGGUUUUGUUACUGCAGAUGUUUCCAUGUUUGCCUACACAGUUGCCAUUGGUGGAGUGGGGUUUUUUUGGUUGCAUUUUGUUUGUUUGUCUCUUUGUUUGUUCGGAUGUUUGGGUUUUAUUGCCUCUGUUCAGUUGCUUGUUUUACCUGUCGCCGAAACAGCUGGUCCUUUUUCGGAGUUAGAUGUUUGUACAUUUUCUUAUAGACUUUCCAAUGAAAAAAAAAAGAUAUAUUUUCUAUUAAUUUAUUACAAUGGCACUAAGACAACUAAAUUGCAGACAUAUGAAGCAUUUUUACUGGAGUUGAGCAUUGUCCAGUUUGUUAAGGAGGUUGGCAAUGUGUCUUUUCUGAUAAUCUGCUUUGCACUUGAAAGCUCUCUAUGUCCACAGACCGUGGUGGUGCAUUGACUGUCGGGUUUAUGAUGACAAGAGCUCUUGGGACGUCAUUUCCAAAAGAUUGUGGCUUACAACUGAAAUAACACGUAGUUGUUUGGAGUACACAAUGUUUAUCAAAAUAAAUAUUCUGUGCAAAUUUCUUAUUUUA